AAAGGUUUUAGUCGAAGUUUAACGGAAAAAAUACGACAGCAAAAGAAAGGCUGGAGAAAAUGUUAAAGCUGGCGCUGUGUUGGCUCUGUUUAACAGUUGCUUGGCCAGUUGGCAUACGUGGCGAGGUGGCGCUCACCCAGGAGGACUACAACAGGACCUGGAUCUAUAUGCCCAACGGCGAGGGCAAGCCCGAGGUGGCGUAUCUCGUGGAGCCGCCACCAGAGGAUCGCAUCAGCCUGCCCCAAACGAUACAGUUUGAGUUUUCCGGCAGCGGCUCCCCCGACGAUGUACGCAGCUCCAAUUUCUGGAUAGAUGAGAACGAUUUUCAGCCUGCGCGUCGCAAGCGCGACACGUGGCAGGAAAUGGCCGAGAAGUUUGAUCCGACACUGGACACCAAGAUCCUGGUGCAUGGCUGGAAAUCGAGCACCAUGUCGAACUCCAUCCAGUCGAUCCGUGGCGCCUAUAUCGAGCGCGGUCAGGUCAAUGUGUUCGCGAUCAAUUGGCGGGAUCAGGCCGAUAAUAUCUAUUAUUUGACCCCGGCGCGGUAUACUGUGCAGGUGGGUCGCGCCGUGGCCAAGCUGAUCGAUCUGCUGGUGGAGGAGAAGGAUGCGGAUCCGCAGCGCAUUCAUCUGAUUGGGCACAGUCUGGGCGCGCACAUAAUGGGCUAUGCCGGCUCCUAUACCAAGUACCGGGUGAGCCGCAUAACGGGCCUGGAUCCGGCGCGACCCGCCUUCGAGGAUUGCAUUGGGCCGGAGAACCAUUUGGACGAGACGGACGCCAAUUUCGUGGAUGUCAUACACAGCUGUGCGGGCUAUCUGGGCUUCCGUAAGCCCAUCGGCAUGGUGGACUUCUACCCGAAUGGCGGCGGACCGCCGCAGCCCGGCUGCAAGGAGCUCUCGCAGAUCUUCACCGGUUGCAGUCAUGGCCGCUCGUACGAGUACUAUGCGGAGUCCAUAAACAGCGAGAAGGGCUUCUACGGCAUGCCGUGCGGCUCGUUGGAUGAGCUGCGGGGUCGCAACUGCAGCGGCGAUAAGAUUCUGAUGGGCGAUCCGGUGCCACGCGAGGCACGUGGCAUUUACCUGGUCAGAACGGGCAGGAGGCCCAGCUACGCACUCGGCAUGGAUGAUAUGUUGCCCAAGGACUACGACGAGGACUCCAAUUCAAAUGCUUUUUAACUUAUUUAAUUAA